UGAAUGCCUCUGGUUGUGCCCUAGCCAUUCGCGACGUUCUUGGGCCUCCUACCACACUCCACCCCCGACGAGGAAGGGCCUCUGCGUCCGGCGUUCAGGCGAUCUUUCCGGCGUCAGGGAGUUACUAUCUCUUAUCUCUAUAGAUCUCCUCUCUCCUCGUCUUCGGACAAGUACUUUCUCCGGCAAGCACCUGCUUCCGGGAUCAUCCCUCGAUCAGUUUUUUUUUAAGAGGGGAAGUCGCCGGCGCCCGGUUCCCUUCUGUUGUGCCGGAAGCGGGAGCGGCAGGGACAGUUGAGUCUCUUCGGCCUCUCAUCAUAGAAUAAUUCCGAGGAAUAUCCAAGGUGUCUAGUGUAGGAAACGCUUGUAUUUAUUCACACGGGUAGAAAAUUAGGGACCGACUGGAAUCGAUUUUUGGGGCAGAAGAGGAGUGGCCAUGGAGGCCUACAAGCUCUUCGUGAGGAAGAACAGAGAGUUCGUUCACUCUCUCGAAUCCCUUGCCAACGGCAUCACAUGGCUUCUUCCGGAGCGCUUUUCCAAUUCCGAGAUCGGUCCUGAAGCAGUUUAUGCUCUUUUGGGCAUCCUCAGUACCCUGAAUCAGCACAUAAUCGAUACAACUCCGACAAAAUUGAGGCCUCCUUCGCUAGGAGAUUCAGCAUUUCCAUGGUCUUUAUCUGUGUCCAUGCUCAAAGAUGCGGAGACGGUUGUUGAAGUUGCAGCCGAGCAUUUUGUUGGCGAAAAGCACAAGUGGAAUUAUCUUGCAUUAACAGAGGCAGUAAAGGCUUUUGUUAGAUUAGCUGCUUUUCGCGAUAGUGGAUUCAAGAUUCUCUUACAAGGAGGUGAGAUAGUUAACAAUGAUGAGAGGGUUUCAGAAAACUAUAAUACAAGGCUUGGGGAUGCCAGAAUGGCUGGUGGAUCUAAUAUGCCUGGUUCUAUUCAUGAGCGUUACGGUACAAUACAGCAGAAUCUAGAAGGAAGAGCCAUAUCUGCAUUAAGCUGCUUCGGUGAGAAUGCAAAAAAGCUAUCGGAUCAAGUAUGGUUAAACAAGCUUCGCCACAGUUCACAGACUGCUGUUGCAAAGCAGACGCUUUCUACUCUUUGGUUCCAGAAGGGGCUCUCUGGUCAGUUAUAUUUGUCAGGAGAGGUUCUCUUUAUCUUGAGACCUUUGAUAUAUGUCUUGUUCAUUAGAAGGUGUGGAAUCCGGUCAUGGAAACCAUGGUUAAUUUCACUAGCCAUUGAUCUAACUGGAAUGAGCUUUCUAUCGUUCUCUACAAACUCACAGCCUAGAAAUGGUGAUAAUUAUUAUCAUCUUUCUUCUUCCGAGAAGGACGAGAUGAAAAGGAGAAAGCUUGUCUGGGCCCUGUACAUCAUGAGAGAUCCAUUCUUUAGCAAGUAUACGAAGCACCGUCUUGAAAAGACUGACAAAUACUUUAGUCAGGUUCCUUUAAUUGGGUUCCUUACAGCUAAGCUUGUAGAGCUAAUUGUUGGAGCUCAAACUCGUUACACCUAUACAUCAGCUUCUUGAGGAGGAAAAUCUCAGCAAUCAUGACUUUCUCUUUUGAGAUCCCUUAAUUGUCGAGUCAGUUAUUUAUUCUGUUACAUGAAACAUGUUUCUUCAGGGACUGCUAUGAUGGUGUUUGUGUAGGAUUUACUGGGUCUAUUUCAUUUUUGUUACAUUCGAGUUGGAAUAUCAUCUGGAUAUAUCCUAGAUUUCGAAGAUGGUACUCACACUUUAGUAUGAUUUAAAUCUCUCUUCAAAGUCGAAGGUAGCCUGAGCAAAAUAAUAGGUCGUUUAGUUCAGCUCCGUAAACUUUGUUGUAAAGUGCAGACAAAACUAUUAUUGAAAAUUCUCGAUUGUAAUAAGUUGGUUUAAGCAUUAUCUAAUUUCUCAAGUUCGAGCACA